AUGAGAGUCAGGGUGACCGUCCCAGAGGCCUUCAUGGUGCUCCACCUGAGGAUGCAGAUGGUGGAGGAGCAAACCACUGCCCUGAUGCGAGACCUGGAGGAGCUUGGCAUCAAUGGGCAGAGCCUUGAUCAUUUCCACUCAGAGACCUCAGAAACACUUGCUCGUCACCCAGCCAUUAGCCCUGUGCAGGCCAGGGUAGCAUUUGUGGGAGAAAAUACACUGUGGAAGAACUGUGAGAUGCUGGUGAAUCGAAUGUGUCGGUUAGAGAGUGUUGUACAGACACUGAAAUCAAACAUCUUCCAGCUGCAGGCAGAAAAGGAACUGAACUCCAAGCACACAGCCCAAUUGAAGCAAUGCUUGAAUACACUCCACCAGGAGCAUUUCCAAGAAAUGAAAACUGUACAGCAAGAAGCAAUGAAGUUGCAUCAGCAACUGAGUGAUGUGAAAGAGGCUGAAGAAAAGGCAAAAGAAGAAGUUCAGAGACUGAGUACUGCUCUGGAGAUUACAACUUCAUCCAAGAUGGAUGUAGUAACUGCAGCUGAGGAACUGAGGAAAACAAAACAGAAGAUUAACUGUAGACUUCAAGAGCUCAUGGAACAGCUCUCCCAGGAGAUCAGCCUGCGUCAGUCUCUGGAGGAAUCCCAUGCAACUGUGUUGAGUUAUGUACAGGACAUGGAAGCAAUAGUAGAAGUAGAACGAAAGCAGGUACAGAUACUACAGCAGGACUGCCAAGACUUGUGUAAAGAUGUCCAGCUAGCCCGAGUGAGGCUGCAAGAGAAAGAGGAAAGAACUGCACAGUUGGAGCAACAGUGCACACAACUGAAAGCUGAGCUCGACUCCAGGAACUGUAUCAUUUCCCAGCUUGGUGAAGAAACAAAAAAUGCACAGCUGUCUUUAAGCAAAGAACGCAAGGAAAACGUGCAACUUCAGUCUAAAAUGAUCACCUUGCAAGAGACAGCAGAGAAAGUACAGAUCCUUAAUGACCGCUUAAGCCAGCAAUGCUCAGAGCUCAGCACCACACUCCAAAGUGUUGCCAUGGAGAAUGCAAAACUCAUUUCAGACCAUCAGACUGUGCUUAAGGCAGAACAAGACAAGACCCAUAAGCUGCAAGAGCAAGACUCACUUCUGAAUGCCGCCCAUGCCAACAUUCUUGGAGAGCUGCAGAGUGUGCAACAUGAGAGGUCUCAGCUUCAAAGAGAGUUGGAGACCUUGCGUACAGAGCAUGGCAAAUACAGGUUGAAGGCAAGCCUUGCUGAGAAGGAAGCAGCCUCACAGAGACAGCUUCUGGAAGGUACUGUUGCUAGACUGCAAGAUGAAUUUGAGACAGCUUUGCAAGAGAAAAGAUCUCUGCUGGCAGAAAAGGAAGAUCUUCAACAGGAGCUGGAAAUUAUUUCAAUGAAAUUCACUUUGCAAACACUAAAGCAAGAGAACAAGAGGCUAUUGAACUGCUUGGAUAUGCUGGUACAUGAGCAGUAUGCCCAGCAGCACGUGCAACAAGUGCUGGCAGAGCUGACUGACAGAAAGAAUAAACUGACCUGUGACAAAGGAAAACUUCAGGUGGCAAGCCUGCAGCACCAGUUGGACGCAGCAAAGGAUGAUAGUAAUAAGGCAACAACCAUGCUGGAGCAUGCGUUAGCAUCUUGUAACAAGAUGAAAGCAGCACUGGAUGUGGUACAAACCAAGCUGGCGCAUAAGGACACUGAAAUCAGCCACCUCAGAAGAGACAAGAACCAGACUCAACUGAAAAUACAGAUGUUGGAAAGAGAACUGAAACACUGCCAAGCCAAACUGGUUGCCAUGGGAAAGCAGCACUGCAGCCAGGUGGAACCACUCUGUAAGGCACUAGAAAAAGCUAGAACAGACAAGAAGAAACUUCUUCUUUGUUUGGAAGAAUUUUUGCAGGUCAGUAACACCCUGCAGAACAAGCUGAUCCAAACUCAAUGUGAACUGAAAAGUAAAGAAACUGAGAAUCAGCAGCUGAUGCUCUGCAGGGAACAGUUAAUGAAAAAAGACAAGACUGAGGGAAAGAUGUGUCCUGCACACUUAGAGUCUUGGAAGAAGCAGUUUCAAAUUGAACAAGAAGCUUACAGGAAAGCCACAUGUCACAAAUCUGCUGAAAUAAAGAAAUCCCAUAAAGAAGAAUCCUCCAAACCAGCUGAAGUUUCCUGUGCCAACAGAGAGCUGCAGCUAAAGGAACUGGAAAAAACAGCCAAACAUCUGAAGGAAUAUAAAGAGGAGACAGAAGAGAAACUGAAGGAAGCUAGCAUAGACUCAGAAAAGACCACAGUUGAUAUCAUUGCCCCCCCAGUGGAAGAGAGCAUCAUGGAGCGCUCCUACCCCUAUGAAUGGGAGAAAGAAUGGAUAAGAAAAAAUGUGAAAGAAAGCAUAUGGUGA